AUGAAUCAAUUAUUAGAACUGAUUGGUAAUAGUUUCACAUUUAAAGAAAAUUUAGAGGCAUCAGAUUUGAUAUAUGAUAAAGAUGACUAUCAAGUACCGGGUAGAGGAAUUGAGUAUAAAAGGUUAAAUGCAUUCAUAAGAAAAAAUUAUAAAAGUGGAACAGGCAAUGCAUUAUAUAUAUGUGGCCAACCGGGCACUGGAAAAAGUUUAACCCUUUUAACAUUAUCGAAAACAUUACCAAGAGAUAAAUAUAAAACUGUAUAUAUAAAUUGCUAUACAAUCGAUAUUAAAAAAAUAUACUCUGAAAUUUAUAAAAGCAUUAAAAAUCUGCUCAAUACAAAAAAGAAUGAAAAUGAAUCAUUGCAAUUAAUUAAAAACCUUAUACCAAAUUAUAAUAGAAAAAUAAUUUUAAUAUUGGAUGAAAUAGAUAUAGUUGUAAAAAACCCAGCAAUUUUAAAUAGUUUAUUUGAAUUACCAUUUUUAAAAGACUCAACAUUACUAUUAUUUGGAAUUGCAAAUGAUUUAAAUUUGGUAGAUAAAUCACUAUCUGGCCUAUCACAGAAGGGAAUUGAGAUUGAAGUGCUACAUUUUAAACCAUACAGAGAAGAUCAAAUUUUAAGUAUUUUAAAGGGUCGUUUAGAGAAUGUAUAUAAUAUGUUGGAUUUAACAGAGGAACAAAGAGCAAUAAUAUUCGAAGAUGAAUCACUAGAAUUAAUAGCCAAACAAAUUUCAAAUAGCAAUUCCGAUAUUAGAAAAUCAUUCGAGGUUAUGAGAAGUCUAACAACAAAAAAAUAUCAAAGUUUUAUUUUAAAUAACAUUUCGAUUGAAGAAAUGGAAAUUCCAACUCCAAUACCCACAGAAGACUUUAUGUGCAGUCAAGAUAAUAGCAAUCAAUUUAUUUUCACAAUUGAUAACGUUAUGGAUGUUAUGUAUUCAAUGUUUGAAAAUCAAACUACCAAAACGCUAAAACAUUUUCCUGCUCAUUCAAUAGUUAUUUUAUUUUCAGCAUUUAACUUAAAAGAAUUAAACUUUUUAACUUUAUAUGACUCUUACAGAUUAAACUGUGACAUAAUACAAUUUAAUCCACUCGAAAAAAAAGAUUUUAAAGCCUCUUUGGAUUGCUGUACAUCAAAUGGUUUUAUGACAAUGAUAAACCACAGAGAGGAAAAUAAAAGAACAAUAACAAUACAUUAUUCAAAAGAGGAUUUGGUAGGAGCAUUUCAAAACACAAUUAUAUAUGCAGAUUUAUUAACAGAUUUAAUACCAAAAGAAGAAAGUCAAAGUGACAAUGAUGAUGAUGAAUAUGAUGAAGAUGAUGAAGAUGAUGAAGAUGAUUACUAA